UUUCCGGUGGCCGAUCCAAGAUGGCGCCGUGGCCGGGAGAAGGGGAAUGAGUGUGGGGCGGACAAGGAGGCUGACUUGGUGACCACAGCCCGGCCGGAUUAGGGCCUGGAUACUCGGGGAUUUAACGGGAGCUUCCGAGGACCGCGUUGGUGGGAUCGGAGGAGACAGAGAGGGAUCCUGCGGAGGAGGAAAGGGGAGUUUCAGUCAGAAACUGUGGGCGGGAGGGGGGUGGUGUAAGGUUUUUUUUUAAAAUCCAGAGAAGGCUUUUUACUUUUGAAAUACUUCCUCGAGCCAUGGCUUCGGCGUCCGGCAACGACGACGAUCUGACAAUCCCCCGGGCGGCCAUCAAUAAAAUGAUCAAAGAGACGCUGCCUAACGUGCGGGUGGCGAAUGAAGCCCGUGAGCUGGUGGUGAGCUGCUGCACUGAGUUCAUUCACCUCAUCUCCUCCGAGGCCAACGAGAUCUGCAACAAGUCAGAGAAGAAGACCAUCUCCCCCGAGCACGUUAUCCAAGCCCUGGAGAGUCUUGGAUUUUGCUCUUACAUUAGUGAAGUAAAGGAAGUCUUGCAAGAGUGUAAAACAGUGGCUUUAAAGAGGAGAAAAGCAAGUUCACGUCUCGAAAACCUUGGCAUACCAGAAGAAGAGCUGUUGCGCCAACAACAGGAGCUAUUUGCAAAAGCCAGACAGCAGCAGGCAGAGUUAGCCCAGCAGGAAUGGUUACAGAUGCAGCAAGCAGCCCAGCAAGCACAGUUAGCAGCAUCUGCCACUGCCAAUCCAGUCAACAAAGCAGGAUCAUCACAAGAUGAAGAGGAAGAAGAUGAUGUGUAAACCUUACCAGCAAAUUUGCUGUACACAUCUUUUACCACGUGUUAACAAUGACUUGGUAUGUCUGCAAUUUCCAGCUUCAUUCACAACUUUGCAGACCGGCUCCUGGUGUUAAGAGUGUCACUGGUCAAGUUACAGUUGCCAUGAGUUUUCAUGUGUAACAGUGAAUCACUUAAGUGUACAGGAUUGGAAGUUUUGCAGACUGAUAUUUAAUAUUUACCUAACAACAGGUGACCAGAAUUGGGAGCAACAAAUCAUUGCAGUACUUUAUGGCUCCAGCACCUGUUACUUGUAUCUUUCUGAAAUUCAGUAUUGUUACUGCUCAUGAAUCUGAGAAGUAAUGCUUCAGUUUGUGUAAUCGGUUGCUUCCUUAUUGUUCAGUACCGACAGCAAAAUUUAUUAAGUGGCUUAUUUAAGUUUGCAACUGAAAUGUUUUUUUAAUGUAUGACUUGUAACUGGUGGUAAGAAUGACUUUUAAAAAAUUCAAAUUUAACUGCCCGUAUUUCAUUUUUUCCUUUGAAAAAGAUGUUUGACUGGGUUCACGGAAUUUUAAGAAGUAAUCAUAUUAACUUUGAUAAAACCAUCAGAUCUGUAGUCGGCUAUUUACUCUUGAUUUUAUGUGGCACGUGUUCUUACUUCAUGGCUAGUUUUAACUCCUGAAUGUUAAGUAAACUGUAUUUCCCAAUGUCAGUGUUAAAAACAAAACAUCAUUUUAGUCAGCAGUUAUAGUACCAAAGAGUGAAGUCAACAGUGGGAAGAUUGACAAACGAGUUAGGGUACUUAGAGAGUGUAUAUUAACUGCUACUUAAAUGUUUUAGCUGUUUUUGUACUGUCAUGUUCAUGUUCUUACAAAAAUAUGCAUAACUGCUAACUAUUUUGGGAUUGACAGAUUUCACCUUUAUCUGUGAGAGAUUUCCAAUGCAGAGUGUAUGUUUUUUUAAAUCACAAUGCGAAGUUGAUUGUGCUAGUUAAUAUGUAACUCUUCCCUGGUGCUUAUUGUUCUCUUACAUUUUUUCAUGUGCUGUUUCUCUUAGCAAUAAAAAGACAUGUUUUUAUUAAAA